UUGAGAUUUGACAGAUCCGGAUCCGUGCGUGUGUGAGUGUGUGUGUUGGGUGGAGUCAAUCCGGAAUCCUCUAAAUUGGAUACGCGCUGGCACAUUUCAGGACUGAGACAUGAAGGACAGCAUCGCCAACAACAGCACGGCCAGCAUCUCCCAAGCCCGGAAAGCCGUGGAGCAACUCAAGAUGGAAGCCUGCAUGGAUAGGAUAAAGGUGUCCAAAGCAGCGGCCGACCUGAUGGCCUACUGUGACGCCCACAUACGCGAGGACCCCCUGAUUGUCCCCGUGCCCGCCUCCGAGAACCCGUUUAGGGAGAAGAAGUUUUUCUGCAGCAUCCUCUGAUCGGACCCUCGUCUCUGUCUGGGGGUCCGCGGUGCUCCUCUGUCUUCACCACACCUGAAGCCACUGGCCUUUUCGCCGUUGAGAUGGGUUGAACCAGGCGGACUGUGUGUUAUUACGCGGCUCUGUCCAGGUGGCUGAUGGGGGUUUUUGGAGGGAGUUCGGCUACCCAACCUGGCAACCCGUAUGAGCGUACCAUGUCUUGUUAAAUAGGUUUGUUAAUGCUUUGUAUUAGAGAAGCCUUGCUCAGUGCUUAAUGAGAAGAUGUUUUUGUUUACCUUUUUCUUGUGCUAGAUUUCGGCUCAGGACUCACAAAUCUGCCCAAAUGUCUUUAAAUAUUGGAUUAUUUUUGUCAUUUAUCUGCAUAUAAUUCUCCCCUUGAUUAAAACAUAAAGAUCUGUUAUUAUUGCCAGUCUACAUUCAAGCCACGUAAUCCUAACAUGACACUUCAUAAUUGGUGUUUU